CACUCUCCUUAAGGCUGAUAACAUAAUACACGUGCUGCGGCUCUGCGUCAGGUGAGUGUAAAUACGGAGCUGAUCAGGUACAACUAAGUUCUGCUAAUUAGACUGAAAUCUUCGUUUUAAGUCAUUGAUUUUCUUGCUGCAUUAAAUCUCAUAUUAUGUGUGUCCUGUGAUCCUUUUCUGAGUUCAUGUCAUCUGACAGCUGAGGAUUUGCUGUUCCUCAGGGUUUCCAGGUGUAAUGGCAGACACGACCGUUCAGAUGAUCGGAGUUGGAGAUCUGAACAACAAUGUGUUCAGGAUACCGGUGUCCACCAGAAUGUCCUUCUCAUCGGCUAGACGAGCAGCGACUGUGAGCUUCCACCACAUCAACUACAGCGUGAAGAUGGAGAGUGGCUUCAUGUGCAAGAGGAAGGUCACACAGAAGAACAUCCUCAUCGAGCUCAAUGGUGUCAUUAGGCCAGGACUGAAUGCCAUAUUAGGACCAACUGGGAGCGGGAAAUCAUCGUUUCUGGAUGUUCUGGCCGCUCGUAAGGAUGCUGCUGGUCUUUCUGGAGAAGUUCUUAUAGACGGAGCUCCACAACCUCCAAACUUCAAAUGUCUGUCUGGAUACGUAGUGCAGGAUGACGUGGUCAUGGGGACGCUGACCGUUCGCGAGAAUCUGCGUUUCUCAGCGGCUUUAAGGCUCCCGAAGUCGAUCUGUCAGCAAGAAAAAGAUGAUAAGAUUGAGAGACUAAUUCAGGAUCUGGGACUGAGCAAAGUGGCAGAUUCACGGGUGGGCACGCAGCUGAUUCGUGGUGUUUCAGGUGGAGAGAGGAAGAGGACAAGCAUCGGCAUGGAGCUGAUCUUUGAUCCACCGGUGCUUUUCCUGGAUGAACCGACCACCGGCCUGGACGCCAGUACGGCCAACUCUGUCCUCAUGCUGCUCAAGAGAAUUGCAAACAGCGGUCGCACCAUCAUCCUGUCGAUCCAUCAGCCGCGGUACUCCAUCUACCGGCUGUUCGACAGCCUCACGCUGCUGGUGGGAGGAAGAAUGGUGUAUCACGGCCCGGCUCAAGAUGCCCUGGACUACUUCAGUGAGAUCGGAUACACCUGUGAACCUCAUAACAACCCUGCUGAUUUCUUCCUGGAUGUCAUCAAUGGAGAAUCCACCGCCGUCGCUCUCAGCAAGUUAUACGACAAUGAGGAACUGGACCUGGAGCAGCUGAGUUCGUCUCUGAAGGGCAUCGAGGACCGUUUGGUGGAGGAAUACAAGAAGAGCAUCAGCUACAAACAGACUAAAAGCGAGCUGGAGCGAAUCGUUCAGGGACAGGACUACAGCACACAACCCAAAUCCAGAACCAUCACCUACAGCACGUCCUUCUGCCACCAGUUCCACUGGGUCCUCAAGAGAACAUUCAAGGAUCUCAUGCUGAACCCACAGACCUCGUUCGCUCAGAUCGGGGUGAUGAUUUUACUGGCUCUGGCUGUUGGAGCCAUAUUUUUUGGAGUGGAGGAGAAUUCAAGCGGCAUUCAGAACAGGAUGGGCGCGCUCUUCUUCAUCAUCACAAAUCAGUGCUUCGGUUCUAUGUCCUCAGCUGAACUCUUCAUCACAGAGAGAAAACUGUUUGUGCACGAGUACAUUAGUGGAUACUACAGAGUGUCGGUGUACUUCCUGUCCAAGAUCCUGUCUGAGAUCCUAGCUCUGCGCACCAUCCCGGUCAUCACCUUCGGCUGCGUGGUCUACUGGAUGACUGGUCUGAAGGCAUCAGCUGAGGCAUUCUUCAUCUUCAUGUUCUCCAUCAUUCUGGUGUCGUACACAGCCACGUCCAUGACUCUGGCCAUCUCUGCUGAUCAGACGGUGGUGGGCAUCGCUAACCUCGUCAUUAACAUGACAUUUGUAUUUAUGAUGAUCUUCUCAGGGCUGCUGGUGAAUCUCCCCAGUGUUGGUGACUGGUUGAACUGGCUGAAGUAUCUCAGUAUUCCUUAUUAUGGUCUCGCUGCUGUGGAAAUCAAUGAAUUCAUUGGCCUCAACCUGUGUGACAUGAGGAACACAAGUGGCAUAGAAAUACAAGUCUGCACCACAGGCGAGGACUUUCUGAGCGAACAGGGCAUUGAUUACUCAACCUGGGGUUUGUGGCAGAAUCAUUUGGCUCUGGGAAUCAUGAUCCUCAUCUUCCUCAUCAUCACCUACCUCAAGCUGCACUUCAUCAAGAAAUUCACCUAAACACAAGCUCAUGCUCUUGCAAAUCUCAGUCUUAUCAUAUAACAAAGACUAUAACAUUAACAUUUCCCAUAUAUUCAUAGCAAAUAUUGUACCAUAAUAACAACAACAAACUCUACUAUUAUUGCUAUUACUCUUUUCUUCAUACCAUGUCUCAUCUUAUGUUGAUUUAACUGAUCGUACUCUACAAUAACCAUGAUAAAUACAAUUAGACACACACACAGACAACAAACCAUGUAUAUUCUUCACACCUCUAUAAACAGUCAACUGCAUUACUUACACUCCCUCGUCUACCUAUUUUAACCUUUAAGAACUUGCC